AUCCCCAUCAGCAUCCUUAUAUCGAGAUUUUCCUUAAAAUUUGGGGAUAAAUUUUAGGGUUUUGAUGAAAAUGACUCUCCAUCCCAAUCCCUAAAAUGCGAUUUGGGUUUCCGGUUUGUACAGUGAUAUCCCAUAUUUGUGCAUCUACUGUUUGUCCCCAAAUUGUUUUUCUCUUUCUUGGUCCCGCGUUUCUCUUCUCUGGACAGUUGGGUGGCCGUGCGAAAUCACCUCCUCGACUCCUCCCUCGCAAUCAGACGAAUCUUGCACCGAAUGUGGGUAAUCUCUAAACUUUCGCUUUCCUCCAUGGCUGGUUUCUCACCUAUUGGCCUAUCUCUUUCUAUGUUUCGGCACCUUCCAUGGCUGAACUUUGUGAACCGGGCAUCCUCCAUGGCUGGCCACCGAGCUUCUCUAUCUCAAAAACAAAAUCCCCCAUCUCGGUUUAAUCAUGGUUGCAGUGAUUUACCGUGAUCUAAUUUUGCUUAAACCUCUAGAUUUUUGUAUGUAUGAUCUGAAAACCCUAGCUAUUCUUGCUCAAAAUAGGCGCUGAAAAUGGUUGGAGAAAUUGGGUUGCUGAGAAUUUGUUGUUUCAAUUACCAUUUCUCUGAGAUUUGAUAACUCCACUGAUAUCUGUUGAAUGGUCGAAAUUGAUAUUGUUUGGAUCUGAAACUUUGUGGUUAUGUAUGUUCUUCUAUGCAGAUUUUUUUUAUGUAUUUAGUAAUCUUUUCUUGCUCAAAAUACUAGAUUUGUUGAGCGCUGUAACUGGGUCUGAAAAUGAGAAUUAUUGUUGCUCUGUUUGGGCUAUUCGGAUGGUUGUUGAUAUCCUUGUUGCUCUGAUAAUCGCUGGACAGAUUUUGUUGGCUUUGGGAGUGUUGUUUCGAUUACCAUGCCAGAAUUUGGGAAGUGCUGAUUUCAUUUGUGGCUUUCUAUGUGGAACAUAUUUGGUUAUGUAGUUGUAUAAACUGAAAAUUAUGUUUGGCAAGCUGAAAAAUCUUCCAAAAUUUGAGUUAAAUUCUACUGAUUUUUGUGGUUCUCUGCAUCCUAUAUUGAUAGGUGUGAUGUUUGUUAUGCCAAUAACAUGUGCAAUAUUACCAUUAAGUUUCCUUGGUAUCUCAUUUAGGUGUGAAGUCUGUAGGGAUUGAUUUUUGGACUUAUAUAUCUAAUGGGUUGGGGCCGUGGUUUUCUGGUAUUUAUUUUUGCACUUAUACCUUUCCAAUUUCUUUUGAAAAUGUGUACUCAGUCCAUAUGUGGCUUUUUGUGGCUGGUGGAUAUUCAUUUACCCUUCAUUUUGAACAAAUUUGAUAGUUGAAUACAGUGAUGAACUGUCUCGAUGACUGAAGUUAUUAUUUGUUUUCAGAUUAUUUUAUUUGAGCUUCCAUGUUAAUAUUAUUGGUCUGUGCAGAUUCUGUUUUCAGAUUAAUAGCCAUUUCCGUUAAUUAAUUUUUGUUCCAUUCUUGUAUAUCAUUUGCAGUGUUUCAUAUAUAUCGGGCUAGGGAUGCAUUCCAAUAGGCUAUGAUGAUGGUGUUAUAGGGGGGGUUAAUUCACUAGUGUUAAUUAGGGACCCAUCGUUAUAGCGGGGUAAUCCUCAUCCGGAUGACCAUAUUGCAGUUUGUGAUACUUUUCACAAAAUGCAAUCGGGGUUCGGGUGGGGUUUUGCAGCCAUUCGAUGUUCGGGGCCUUACUUACGCAUGCUGUCAAUAUUUACACCAUUCUGAGCCGUUUUAGUAAUUAAUAUAUUUUAUAUUAUAAUAAAUACUUGAUUCGGAUGGGGAUGCUCUUAUUUUUUUUAUUUGUGAUUUGCAUGCUGUUUUGGUUGGUGUUUUGUAUUAUGUUGUGAAUAUAAUUAAUGUGUAAAGUAAACCCCCUCGGCUGUGAUGAUAACAACCGCAUGUGGGGAUACGGGAUAUGAUUGGCCAUCUCCUCAAUGGCUAGGUAACCCGGACGGCCAACAAGUACUGGCAAUCGGUGUUGCAGCCAUGAGUGGGUGGCCAAAAAUCUUUGAUGUCACCAUUCGGUUCCUGAGCCCCGAACAAAAGAUGUAAACUUUUCCAUUUUAUUUGGGCUCUAACAUAUAAGUGUUUUAUUAGAGAUGGAUUCACAAGACCCUGGUCACAUGUACUUCACCAACCUCCUAAGUGAAGAUCCUCAACUCGAGCCCACUUAUGGUGGGCAAUGUGGAACAUCUCCAUUGAUCCUUGAUGACUCUCCACCUCUACCCCCUAACGAGCCUAUCGGCGUUAGGAAAUUAGUGAGGGGUGCGAAUUUCACCCCCGAGGAAGACAAGUUACUUGUCUCCGCAUGGCUAAAUUGUAGCCUUGAUGCCGUCCAGGGAACAUAUCAAAAACACUCCCAGCUUUGGGAAAAAAAUUUUGAGUACUUUCAACAAUUUAAAAAAACCACAAAUGAGCGGACAAUAAAAUCCUUAAUUCACCGGUGGUCGGUGAUCCAAAAGGCCACAAACAAAUUUUGUGCCAAACUAGCCCAAGUUGAAGGGUUAAAUCAAAGUGACAUGACCGAACAAGAUAAGUUUGAGAAGGCGAAGCUUAUGUACCAAUCACUUGAGAAAUGCUCAUUCCAGUUCGAGCAUUGUUGGCACCUAUUGAAGGACUAACCUAAGUGGAUUUGGCGCGCCACAAAGGAGGAUCCAAAGCGGAGGAAGACGAUGUCCCCAUCCCCGACCCCAACUCGAUGUUCUGGAGCUACAGUUGAUUCAGUUUUUUAUCUCGAGGCGGAUCAUGUGAUGGAGAAUGAAGUUAUCGAGCCCGACCUACCAAUUGGAAGGAAAGCUGAGAAAGGAAAACGAAAGGCCCAAGGCCAGCAUGCAGAGGAGAACUUCCAACUCAGGAAGAUGAAGUAUACUCUGUUGGAGGAGUCACGCGCUCAGGAGAAAGAGUUUUUUCGUCUUAAAGCCGAGAAGAUGGCGUAUGACAAGGAGACGGAGGCCAGAAAAUUACGUCAAGAGGACGAACGGCUGCGGUUGGAGGCUGAGAAAGUGGAGCUCGCGAAGAAGGAAUCAGAUCAGCGCAUUAUGAUGAUGGAUGUGAGUGUCAUGCCAGAAUUGCAGCGGCAGUUUUUCCAGCAACUCCAGAGGGAGGUCAUGGCGAGACGCAGUCAGUCCGACGAUUUGGAUUGAUUAUUUUGUAUUUGAUUUCUUAUUUUAUGUUUGACACAAUUAUAUAUGUGUAAAAAUACAUGUAAUUAAUCUUUUUUGUAUUUGAUAAUA